CAUUACUAGCAAAAAAAUCAGGAUAAAUAUUGAAAAUCGUCUUUAUAAAAUAGUACAUUUGGAAUCUGAGCAGGAAACUGGUCAAAGGAUUUUUUCACCCUGUGUUACAGGAAAUCCUUACGAGGCCAGAAUCGUUGGAAGAAGAUGAGUGUCGCUGUGGUUGACUUUGGCUCAUUUGCCUUGGGUCAAGCUGUACCUUCAGCCCAUGAAAUGAAACGAUUAUCCACAGAGAUCGGACGGGCAUUCAGUGAACUUGGAUUUGUGUACCUCAAAGACACCGGCAUCAAAGAUGAGCAAGUGUUUGAAGCAAUGGACAUCUGCAGGAAGUUCUUUCUACUUCCCAAGGACAUUAAACAGCAAUAUGCUCGUUCCAAGGACUCAGAUAUUCCAUGCCAUGGCUGGAUAGAUUUUCAGACUGAGAGCUUAAACCCAACGGAACUGAAUGACCUGAAAGAAGCCUUUAAUGUGACAUCGUUGUCUUCCACUGACAAAUGGCCUGUCAAAGAGCUAGCUGAGUUUUCCAGUGGUGUGGAGUCAUUCUUCAGAACGUUUAAGGAGCUGUCGAUGCGGAUUUUGAAAGUCAUUGAGCUGAGUCUGGGAGUUGAGACUGAUUUCUUUGUCAGCAAGCAUCAAAAGAUGGGCAGUGAUGGAAACAUUUCAACCCUCAGACCUGCGUAUUACCCAGCGGUACAGAAAUCCAGUGUGAAGGAAAAGCAGACCCGCUGUGGGGAACAUUCUGACUACGGGACGAUCACUUUACUUUUCCAAGACAGGAACGCAGGACUGGAGGUAAUGUCCAGGUCUGGUCAGUACAUCGCUGCCCCCUACCUUCCAAAUGCGGUUCUUCUCAACAUAGGUGACCUUCUGCAGAGGUGGACAUCUGACAGAUGGAUUUCCGCAAAACACCGACGGUGCGAAUCCCACAGACGGAAGAUGCUUUGAACAGGAGCCGUCAGUCCAUGAGCUUCUUUGCUAUCCCGGAUCACGACGCCACUAUUGCCUGUUGUGAUGGUUUAGACAAAACACCCCCCCAUCACCUCCAUCCAGUACUUUAAGGAUAAUCACCCUGGGUUGGUUAACGUCUCUCUGUCCGUAAAGUGAUGGAGCAGGAAGGGGGAUUAAGAAUCAAGUCAAGAGUGCUUUAUUGUCAUAUAUACUGCAACGGAACAGUGACAUUCUUACCUGCAGCAGCACAACAGAUAUGUACAGAUCUGUAAAAUCCGGAAUAAAUAAAACAAAGUGCAGUAUAUACUAA